AUGAUUGAUGAUAUUUUCCACCAGCAGGUUUUGUUCUGCAAUCCAUCUCUAAGAGAAUGGCUAAAAGGGAAUGCUUAUAAGUCUCAUUUUGACAAAUUGAAAUGGAGUUAUUAUUCAGUAAACAAAAGCCCAUGGUCUUGCCUUGAUGAAAAUGAAGCAUUGUUGACGACUGCAGACUCUGCAAUUAGAUUACUUUCGGAAUCAACAAAGUCGGUUCCAGGUUGGAAUGGAAUUGAAUACAAGGUUGCCUUUCCCAUGAAGAAACCAUCGAGUGCUAAUUUCUACCCCUCAUACGUGGAUAAAAUGGUGACCAUGCUGCAAGGAUAUUUAACCCUGGAGCUGUAA